AUGUGGAGCACUGUUAACCAAGAGUCCCGCAAAGAAAGCCGAGAGAUAUCCGCAAGCUUUAUUUCUCGCCUUACGUUUGGCUGGAUUAAUGAAAUGGUGGACUUGGGCAACAUUCGACCGCUGGAGGAAAAGGACCUCUGGCGUGUUACGCCUGGUGAUGACGCCUUAUCACUGCAGUCUCGCUUCGAUCAACUCAGACAUAGGCGCGCAAGUCUGUUCUGGAAAAUUAUCCGAAUGUUUUGGAGGCAAAUGGCCCUGCAGCUCACCUUUGGGAUAUGUGCUGCCGUGCUGAAUUUUGCCAAGCCAGCCUUCCUGAAUUUACUCCUUGCUGCGAUCGAGGAUUCACAACAGUCACUCGCGAUGAAGGGCUAUCUCGUCGGCGGGAUGUUUUUUGCAACGCUUCUCAAAGUUGUGUGCGAAGGCCAGCUCUACCAUGUUGGUCGCAGAGUUGGCAUGCAGUCUGCCGCUCUUUUAAACACCGAAAUAUACAAAAAAACCCUCCGAAGAGCUCCGCAGCCAGGUUCAGCAGACGACGAUGAUGACCAAGGAUCCGGCAUGGGCAAAAUUGUUACCUUGAUGAGUGUCGAUACUGCGCGAGUAGGAGAUUAUCUCUGCUAUUCCCAUACGAUCUUGAUUACACCGGUGGAAAUUCUGAUCGCAACUGCUGCCCUUGUCUACAUUUUGGGCUGGCCGGCCUUGAGUGGCGUUGUUGUCAUGAUCUUGACGAUUCCUACAACGGCCUAUGUCGGGAAAUGGACUUCCAGGGCCGAAGAAACCCUGAUGGAAAAGACCGAUAAGCGAGUUGAAGUCACCAACGAGGUGCUAAAUGGUAUUCGAAUCAUCAAAUAUUUGGCAUGGGAGCCCCAGUUCUUUGACAAAAUCAGAGAGGCACGCAAGGCCGAGCUCGCAAGCUUGGUUCAAGUAUUUUAUGCCGAUCUCGCAAGCACUUUCAUUUGGCAGCUCUCUCCGCUGCUCGUGGCCUUUGUGACAUUUGCCACCUUUACCAAAUUGGCGGGCAAUCCCCUGGAUGCAACCACGGCAUUCACUGGACUGUCUCUCCUCAAUGCCUUGCGGCUACCCUUGAAUCAGUUUCCAAACGAGCUAGUGGACUUUUGGCAAGCACUCGUGUCGCUUAAGCGUAUCGAGGACUAUCUCAACCAAGAAGAGUUGGAGGAUACCUCUAAUUGCAGACCAGAGACCGCGCUGAGCGAGCAGUCCGGACGGGCCCAGCGGGCCCCCAAAGUCGGGUUUGAGCAAUCCAGCUAUGUCCGAUUUGUUCUCAAGAAUCUCAAUAUCGAGUUUCCUCUGGGAAAGCUUACUGUUGUUUGCGGACCCACCGGAUGCGGUAAAAGCAGCAUGCUUCUCGCCCUCUUGGGAGAUAGCCCGCAUCAAGUCGCAUAUGUGGCUCAAACGGCUUGGCUCUUCAAUGGAUCGAUCCGCGACAACAUAUGCUUCGGACGGCCAUAUGACAGGCAACGAUAUGCCCAAGUGAUUUUUGCAUGUGCCCUCGUUAGAGAUUUGCAGCAGCUCGAGGAUGGGGAUAUGACGGAAAUUGGUGAAAAGGGAAUCAAUCUUAGUGGCGGGCAGAAGCAGCGGGUUUCUCUUGCCCGAGCUGCCUAUAGCCGCGCGUCGGUGGUUCUCAUGGACGACCCACUAUCCGCCGUGGAUGCACCGACAGCGCGCCACAUAUUCCAGCACUGUGUUCUCGGGUUCCUCCAAGGCAGAACUCGAAUUCUGGUCUCUCACGCCGUUAGCUUGACUGCACAUCGGGCCGACAAGAUCGUGGUGAUGAAGGGCGGGGAAGUGGUCGCAGACGGUGCAUUCGAAACAGUAGCAAGCAGUGGCGUCUCGGCCAUAUUUGAAAACCUCGUGCUGCCUGAGGCUGGUCAAAUGCAAUCCGAGAAUGCCGUGGAGGAGGAGGAUAAUCUUGGAAUCACACAUGCAGAUGAUUCGAAUGCCAGAAAGUUGGUGGAAGAUGAGGAAAAAUCGACCGGAUCGGUUAGCAUCGAUGUAUACAAAACCUACUUCCAGGCCACAGGAGGGGCAAGUUUCUUGGUUCCGUUCUUAUCGGCUGUCGCUUUGAUCAACGGACUUCAGGUUCUCAGUGACUGGUGGAUCAAGAAAUGGACAGAGUCUGAAAGCUCCCUCAGCUUUGCCUCUGCGUUGGGCACGAUGUUCACGCUUAGUCCGGAUCGUGCCACCGAGUUCCAUUCCUGGUGGAAUAUGGUUGCGAAUACCUCCGGCAUUCAGUUUCAGUUGCUGAAUGGCAGCGUGGAUUUUUAUCUUGGAUGCUACGGUCUCAUCGGCGUUACACUCUUGCUUACGGAGCAAGCUUUCUCGUUGCUGGAGCUGAAAGGAUCAUAUCGUGCGUCCGAAAAGCUACACAGCGAACUGCUACACAGAAUUCUUCGAGCUCCCAUGCGGUUCUUUGAAACAACGCCUCUUGGGCGCAUCAUGAAUCGAUUUUCGCGUGACAUCGAACGAAUCGAUCAAAAUGUUAUCCAGAUCGUUGGGUCGUUUGUUUCCAUUGCCCUGGACUGCGUCACAAUCUUCUUGGUUAUUUCCAUCAUCACUCCUGUCUUUCUUGUAACCAUCGCUCCAAUCGUAUAUCUGUAUCUCAGAACGGCCCAAAAGUAUCUGAACUGUUCCCGUGAGCUCAAGCGGCUCGAUUCCGUCUCGCGGAGUCCUGUUUAUUCUCUACUCUCCGAAACACUAAAUGGCGUCUCCACCAUCCGUGCAUACGGUGACCAGCAACGUUUCACCGACAUGGUGUUUGAGAGGAUCGACGCCAACAAUCGAGCGCACUUUUGGCUCUGGACGACAAAUCGAUGGCUCGGAGUCCGGAUUGAGUUCAUCGGCGCUGUCGUCGUCCUCGCCGCCGCAGCGAUUGUCACGGCCACAGCAAUUCCGGCUGGAUUAGCGGGGCUAUCGCUGAUAUAUGCCUUACAGUUUACAGAUAUUUUGCUGUGGGUCAUCCGGAUCCACGCGCAAAUGGAGAUGAAUAUGAACUCAGUGGAGCGUGUGCGAGAGUAUCUCGAAAUUGAACAGGAGCCUCCUGGCAUCAUCGAAGGUCAUCGGCCUCCAGAAAACUGGCCCGAGAAUGGCGAAAUCCGCCUUGUCAACGUCUCGGCACAGUACACUGCCGACCAACCCAAGGUUUUGAAAGACUUGACAUUCACCAUCCAUGCCCGAGAGAAAAUUGGCGUCGUUGGGCGGACCGGGGCUGGGAAGUCGUCGCUAUCGCUGGUGUUAUUCCGGAUUCUACCCAUCAUCGAGGGCUCGAUCGUCAUCGACUCGAUCGACGUGUUUUCGAUUGGUCUACAGGAUUUGCGCUCGCGGCUCACCAUCAUCCCCCAGGAUCCCGUGCUCUUUGCGGGUACUUUGAGAACCAACCUUGAUCCGCUUGGCGAACACGAUGACUCAAAAUUAUGGAGUGCAAUUGGCCGGGUGCACUUUCUCGAAAGUUUCCACUCCGCGACGGAUGAAAAUAGUUCCAUCGGGCUCUCCGCAAAUCAACCCACGAUCACCCUGGAGACCAAGGUUGCGGAGAACGGAGGAAACUUUUCCCAAGGACAGCGACAGCUCAUUUGUCUUGCUCGUGCGCUUUUGCGCCGAAGCAAGGUCAUCAUACUGGACGAAGCCACGGCAAGUAUCGAUGCUGAAAGCGAUAGGCGUAUCCAAGAAACCAUCCGGAGCGAGUUUAGCGGAGCAACGGUUCUGUGUAUCGCCCACCGGCUGCGAACUGUGAUGGACUACGACCGCAUCAUUGUGAUGGAUCAUGGUCAAGUUGUCGAAAUGGACACUCCCCUCAAUCUCGUGCUCCAACAAGGAAGCGCUUAUCGCCGUAUGUGUGAAGAAACCGGUGAAUUGAACGAUCUCAUCCAAAUUGCAUCUGAUUCGGCACACAAGCGUCAUCCAAGUGGUGCACACUAGCUUGCCAAGCCAGAUGCCUGCAAGUUUCGGAGUUAUAUCUCGUCCCAACCAAAUACUGUUGCGUAUACGACGACAACGGAUACAACGUAUUCGGACAAAGCCAGUCUCCUCAAACCGAGAGAAUAGAGCAGUCGCAUUAGAGAUCAAGCCAACAGUUUCAUGGCAUUGUCAACGGUAUGGCCUCGAUUUGUCGGAUUGCG